GCAGGGCUGGACAGGCGCGUUCAGCCGCCCCGGGAAGCGGGGUCUGGCCGAAGCUCUCGGAGCAGGAGCGUGCUGAUUGCUCUGUCGCGUUCGGUACAGCUACAUCGCGACUGUCACCGAAUUGUGACCUCUUGAGCUACGAGCACUCCCUGGAGACAUGGACCACUCAGAGGAUGCAUCCGGGCUCCUGGAAAGCUCUGAUGUUGAGUCUCAGAAAGAGAGAGUGGUGACAGAGGAGGAAUGGCUACAAAAAUGGGAAAUGGGUAACAUCGGGUUUCACAAGGAACAAGGGCAUCCGCUCCUCCAAAAGUAUCUGGAUGUUCUUUUAAAUGGCAGGAGUGGACUGAGGAUAUUUUUCCCACUUUGUGGUAAAGCAGUAGAGAUGAAAUGGCUGGCGGACAUGGGGCACAGCGUUGUUGGUGUGGAAGUCAGCGAGCAAGCGGUGAAGGAUUUUUUUUCAGAACACAGCCUGCCUUAUUGUGAGGAGCCAGUCUCUGAGAUUUCAGGAGCAAAAAUGUUCCAGAGUACCUCUGGCAACAUUUCCCUCUACUGUUGCAGUAUUUAUGAUUUGUCCAGCUCAAUAGUUGGCAAGUUUGACGGGGUUUGGGACAGAGGAGCUCUUGUAGCCGUGAACCCAUGUGACAGACAACGCUAUGCCAGUUUGAUGAUCAACCUAGUGGAGAAAAAUUCUUCUUAUCUCCUUGUUACCGUUUCAUAUGAUCCAAGCAAACACAAAGGCCCACCAUUUUAUGUUCCUGAAUCUGAAAUUAAAAGUUUGUUUGGCAACUGCUGUGAAAUUAAGUGUCUUGAAAAAGUUGAUGACUUCUCGGAGAGGCACAGACAAUGGGGACUAGAUUAUUUUCUGGAGGUGCUAUAUCUACUCAAGUUUGUAGCUUGAUUAAAAUUUAUUAAAAUAACUUGCCUCCUACCUUGCUUUUACAUAUACCUCACAUUUUAAAAUGGGGCAGUCUUAAAGCAGAGGGUUUGUCCACUUUGCUUACCAGAUCAGCUCUCCUACACAGCUGCCUUUACUGCCUUGAGGUGUGAACAGCUUUUUCUUAAACUCCAUGCACAACCAACCAUUACCAAAGUAUAGCUUUUUCUUCUGUAUCAAUUCAAAUCAUGAGAACUGAGAAAUAAAUGUUCCUGUUCCUUUUCA